AUGACUCCGCUCAGCAGCUCGACGGAAGCGCGCGCCGAGAUUCUCGCAGCAGCCGCAAAUGGCCUCGACAACCUCAUUCUCUGGUCCAGUCUCGCGGGCGCAGCGACACCCAAGGCAGCCAACGACACGGUCGAAGCUUGCCGCCUUGAGCUCGACUUGGGCGCCGAUGGCACCUUUGACGACGCAGUACGAUUGUACAAACUGCCCAACGACCCCGCCGCUGCGCUUCACGGUCUUCACGUUGACAAGUCCCAGCCAUUGUACCAACUCCAGGCUGACGGCAUGAACAUCUCGCUGCGCUGGGGCAUCUUCAAGGCGCCGUUUCCGUUCAUGCGCGACCGGUGCGCCACGUACAUCGAGUGCACCAAGGAGUUUACGGAGGCGAGCGGUCGCCGCGGGUUUGCUCGGUACCUCCGGUCGCACGCCACCGGUGGACUCCACGGCAGCAACGUGCCCGUCGACAUUCGGUCGUGGGGCGUUGUGCUUCUCGAAACAGCCAGUCCCAGUGUUCUUCACGUGAGCAGCAGGGUCGACAUUGACUGGAGCAGCCACACGCCCACUUGGGUCGCGACCAUGAUGACGUCCCGACGGGCGCAGAGCGUCAAGCAGUUGCCGUCGGCGCUGCGGCUCGCCAAGAAGCUCACCCAGGCACGGUGCGCGAUCUGCCUCAACAAGCCGUUCUUUCUUUCGCGCGAGUCGCAGCUCGCGCCGUGUUGCGACUGCGCAAGGCCCGUGUGUUGCAACUGUCGGGCGCUCGGUGCCGGUGACGGCCAAGCCACGAGCUGCUGGGCAUGCGUGAGCGCCAAGGCCAAGGUCAAGCGCCCCGCGCCCCGACCCCACAGCAAAUCCAUCGCUAUGCUCGACAAGACACCGCAGACGUGCCGGCGCAAGACGCCAGUGACCACCGCGACGUCUGGCUUGUACACACCGCAGAACCACCGCCGCCAGAAAGAACCGCCGUUAGACUUAUCGUACCUUCCGCCACUGUAGUAUCGUAGAAAGCACGAGACC